CUUCCCUGAUAUUUCGAUUCAGUUGGUUAAUGUACAAGAAUCAAACAUGAUCGGAAAAAUUUUGAUUAUUUGUACAUUAAUUACAUUAAUUAACGCUUGGAAUUAUAAUCCAAAAAUUAUAAAUGGGGAGGAUGCCAAAGAAGGAGAGAUACCCUAUCAAGUAUCACUUCAGAAGAAAUUUAGCUCUUUCCAUUUUUGCGGUGGAUCUAUUCUUAAUGAAAAUUAUGUGAUUACGGCUGCUCAUUGCAUGCAGGGUAAAUCUGCAGAAGAUGUCAAGGUCGUAUCUGGCACGAUCAAUUUAGCCAUUCCAAGAUACGAGAAUGAUGUCCAUAAAAUCUUUAUUCAUGAAAAAUAUAAUUCUUUGGAUUCGUGGAAGAACGACAUAGCAUUGCUCAAGGUUAAGACACCAUUUGUGCAAUCGAACUUAAUUUCCUUCGUCCCUCUUCCAUCACCAAACGAUACCAUUAAGACAAAUGAUUUGGCAAUUGUUUCUGGCUGGGGCAAACUUAGUCAAGAAGGACCAUCAACUAUUUACUUGCAACGAGUAGACAUCCUGAUUGCAAAUCAAGAAUAUUGUGAAUUAAUGUAUAAAAAAGUGAAUUACAAUAUUUACGAAACUCAAAUUUGCGCAUACAAUCCAACUAGUGAAAAAGGAUCAUGUAAUGGUGAUUCUGGUGGCCCCUUAAUCGUCAAUGGAAAACUCACUGGUCUCGUUUCAUGGGCAAUGGGCUGUGCCCUCACUGAUUAUCCAACUGUCUAUACCCGCGUUGUAUCAUAUCUUGAUUGGAUAAAAGCAAAUGCUGUAUAAAUUUUACAGUUAACUUAUAAAAUUAACAUGAUUAUUAAUUUUGCACUCCAGACCUGUUUCGGUCGGUCGAACUAGCAACUCCAGACCAGCACGUUAGAUGCGUUCGGUGACCUCAUAAGAUUACCAUAAGAUAAUUACUCAUAAGAUAAAAUUACACCUCAUAAGAUUAUAUAAGAGUAAAGAGUUUAGGAAUCUAUUUAUGAAGCGAUA